AUAGAGAGAGAUAAGGAAACUGCGUGAGAGAGAGAGAAAGAGAGAGAGGGAGAGGGAGAGGGAGGAGAAAGAAAAAAAGCAGAGUUGUGUGCACACUUCCAUGAAGGAAUAAGGAACACAAAAGAUCACUCCAGUGUUACGGACAAAACUACACCUGGAAUCUUUUGAAAAACGCACUCCGCAAUAGACGCUUACUGUAAGGAUCUACUCGGGAUCUGCUGUAUGAUGUAAACCCGCUGUACAGACACAGGUGACUGUUUGCUGUGAGCUUCAUGAUGAACGGCUACUCGGACCCCUCCCAACCCUCUGGAUCCUUCCCCUCCUACUCAUCACACAUCAAUGGCCAUGGCUCUCACUCUCCUGAGUUGCCCCAGAGGAAUGCCAAGUCCAGUGCUAAGGCGCUUUACGGAUCUGAGGGGCCAUACUUUUUCCGCACGUCUGCCAAACACAAAAAGAAGCAACAAAGGAAGAACUACACAAAAACCAGUAUUAACAGCCUGACGGACACGUCGCAGUACCAUGUGGAGCACCUGACGACGUUUGUGAUGGACCGCAAGGAGGCCAUGAUCACCAUCGAGGACGGGAUCCGCAAGCUGCGGCUCCUGGACGCCAAAGGGAAGGUGUGGACGCAGGACAUGCUGCUCCAGGUGGACGAGAAGGCCGUCAGCCUCAUCGACGCAGACAGCAAGAAUGAGUUGGAGAACUUCCCCAUGAGCACGCUGCAGCACUGUCAGUCGGUGAUGAACGCCUGCAGCUACGACUCCAUCCUGGCCCUGGUCUGCAAGGAGUCGGGGCAGGGCAAGCCAGACCUGCACCUCUUCCAGUGCGACGACAUCAAGGCAAAUCUUAUCCAGGCCGAUAUCGACAGUGCCAUUAGCGACUACAAGGGUGGGAAGGUAAAGAAGAGACCAGACGCUUUAAGAAUGAUCCUGAAGAGUGGUGGUGGUGGUGGUGGUGGUGGUGGAGGUGGUGGUGGUGGAGGUGGUGGUGGUGGUGGUAUCCCCCCUCCCCCUGCUGCUCCGGCUCCGGAACCCCCGGCUCAGAACUCUCCGCUGGACGUGAAGGGCAGGGCGGCCGCCUGGUCAGCCUGGGCCAACGAACAGCAGGAGUAUGACCCUCAGGAACAGUACCCUGAUCAGGAUGAACCAGCAGAGAUGACAGCAGCUCGCGUGGACAGAGACGUGCAAAUCCUGAACCACAUCCUGGAUGAUAUCGAGCACUUUGUCACCAAGCUCCAGAAAGCAGCCGAGGCUUUUAACGAGCUCUCCAAGAGGAAGAAAUCGAAGAAGAAUAAGAAGAAGGGACCUGGCGAGGGCGUGCUAACACUGCGAGCGAAGCCUCCCGGGCAGGAAGAGUUCGUCGACUGCUUCCAGAAGUUCAAGUGCGCCUUCAACUUGCUGGCGAAGCUGAAGAACCACAUCUCCAACCCAAGUGCAGUUGAUCUAGUCCACUUCUUGUUCACCCCACUGAGAAUGGUGAUCCAGACGUCAGGUGGCGUGGACCUGGCCAAGAGUGUGAUGGUGCCGCUGCUGACGCGAGAGGGCAUUGAGUUCCUGCACUCCUCCUGCACCGUGGAGGAGAAGCAGCUCUGGGCCGCCCUGGGGGACGGAUGGACCAAGAGCAGAAUGGAGUGGCCAAAGGAGCAGGUGUUUCCGGUGUACGUGCCGCGCUUCCGUGACGGCUGGGAGCCGCCGGUGCUGACCUACGUGGGCAGCCCCCGAGAGCAGGAGCUGAACCGGCUGGCGGAGACGCUGGCCCACGCAGAGAUGCAGCGGCAGGAGGAGAUGGCACACAGACUCUCUCAGGAGCAACUGAACAUCCCCCAGGACUACCCCUACGGUGACGGGUAUGCGUUUGCUAACUCCACCUACCAGAGCAUUCAGCUGUUGGAGCCGGAGCUGACGGCCGCCACUAUAACGCAGGCGCUCAGCCGCCAUGUAGAUAGGACCUAUGACAUAUACGGCAGGACCCAGCCAAAAAACUUUGCCAAAUCCAAGUAUGACUUUGUGGCAAGGAACAGCACAGAGCUGUCGGUGGUGAAGGACGAAGUGGUGGAGAUUCUGGACGACAGGAAGCAGUGGUGGAAGGUGCGUAACGGAGCGGGGAUGUGCGGGUACGUGCCAAACAACAUCCUGGAGAUCUCCAGGGCCGUGGACAUGACUGGACGAGGAGAGCCCAUAUACAGCCACACCAUUCAGCAAUUACUGGGAGAGUUAAACGAGAAGCAGCGGACCGAUUACGUGGCUCCAAAGCCGGCUGCCAUCACCCCGGUCACCCCGGUGCCCCCAGCCCCAACACCACCACCCCCUGCUCCUGCUCCUGCUCCUGCCCCAGCACCCGCGAGGCUGCCAACCCCACCCUUGCCCCCUGCCGCGGCCCCCCCACCCAUGGCAGAGCCCCCCCAGCAGCAGCCACAGCAGCCCAGUAACCACACGGGGGAGAACGGAGGGGUCACCAUGAGAGAGCAGCCCAAGGAGAGACCGCCACUGGCAAACAGGCGUAAGUCCAACAUGGAGGAGGUUCAGGACGAGCUGAUGCACCGACUGACACUGGGCCGCAGUGCCCAGAAGAAGUUCCCGGUACCUGCGAGGGGCACCGUCGGGGGCGCAGCAUCCGCAGCCAACAUCACCUACGACUCCCCACCGGAGCAGGUCAAAGCCUGGCUAGAGGCCAAGGGAUUCAGUGCUGUCACCAUCAACAGUCUGGGUGUGCUGACUGGCGCUCAGCUCUUCUCCCUCAACAAGGACGAGCUGAAGACGGUGUGUCCUGACGAUGGGGCUCGAGUCUUCAGCCAGGUCACCGUGCAGAAGGCGGCCCUGGAGAGGUCAUCAGGCAAUGAGCUGCAGGAGAUUAUGAGGAGGAGACAGGAGAAGCUGGCGGCCGUGGCCAGCGACUCGGGGGUGGAGUCAUUCGACGAGAGCAGCAGCCACUGAGCCACUCUUACCACACAUACACACACACACAUACGCACACGAACACGAACACAAACACGCAUAUGCAUACGCACACACACACACUUCCAUAGACACACACGUUGCGAUUGGUGGAGCCAGGGGUUCGGAAUGUUUUUUUCGAUGAGAGCCGCAACCAGCCAAUGAGCAGCCGCCCCUUGAAUCUACCCUCUUGUCGCCCGCCAUACGCCCGCCAAGCUUCUUCUCACCACGUCCAACCUUAAAACAGACUAAAAUGAGACAAGAAAAAAACAAAACAAAACAAACGGAAACAAACAAAGCGAGCAAACAAAUGUUCAUCUUGUUUGUUGUUUGUUGUCGUUGUUGUGGUUUCCCAGGAGGUCUCUGAGCAAGCCCGGUUCGCCGCGAUCAUGCGCCGACGCCAGGAGCUCGCCGAGGCGGAAUCUCCGGCAGUGACCUCGUCAUCAACUGUGACCACGACGACAGAAACGUCGGCCAUCGACAACAACACCGAGUAAAAAAGAGGGGUGAAGGGGGAGGGUCAUGGGAUAGUGGUUUCAGGAAGUCUCGUUUUUGACUCACUCAUGGACAAUUUACAGUAAAGCUGUAAGGUUGGCAUCUUGUUUAUGUCUAUAUCAGAAGUCUUACGAUGAUUUUAUUAGUGGGGGGCGAAGUCAGGUAAGUAGCUACAUAGGUCCUGAUUAAUACUAGCAGCACAUUUUACACAAUAUGACUUUCUUGAAGAAGAAAGUCCCUCUGAGGGCAAGGGUUUCUCCCCCAAAAACUCCUGUCUGUCUGAAACAUUUCUUAAGGGGUUUACAACACAUGCACAAGCAAGGUCAAUUCAUUACAAAACGCAUCUGGAGGGCUAACUUACUCCCAUAUGAUUCUUUUUUUGUGAUAACUUUUCUCUUUACUGUAUCAUUCUGCUGGUAGCAGGAUGGUAGUUUCAACCUCAUGUCAACCCCUUGUCACAGUUUUUGGAAUGAUGCGAAAAAAGCGUUUGAAUGGGUUUGAUGGAGAGAAGAUUUGUGAAUAGUUGAUUCUGAGAGAUUAUAAUUCUAUACAAUUUCUGUUUCAUUUUCAUUUUUUGUUUUGCUGGCAGAGAGAGAACAUGAUAUUUAUAUACAUGAAUCAUUUUGUACUUAAUUGUAAUGCCAAAAGAGUCUUUCUAUAAUAUAACAAUGUCAUGGGAGUUCAUCCUUUUUGGGAGAACUAGUUAGGA